CUCGACCGCCUGCGAUAACACAGCUGAGUCACCUGAGAAGGGCUGGCUGGGCCUGCUGUAGGGGCAGCCAUUUUGAGAACAGUUUCUGCAUCACAGCACUCAAAGUUCUGCUGCUCUGAACUGACCAGUGUGGAACUUGUCCUUAGCAACAACAAGGUAAGCUGCCUACAUUUUAAAGGACGUUUUUAACUUCUACAUUACAUUAUAUAAACCUGACUUUCACCAUAAAGAAAAUCAUAGAGGGAUUUAAUUAGGACUUUAUUUGAAGUUAUAGUUUGAUCAUUUGUGUAGACGUUAAGCCUAAGUGUGAGUUUAUUGUGAGCCAAAGUUACGUUUUAAGCCUCUUUUGUCUUGUGAGUUGUAGCAAGUAGCAUACUGUAGAAAUGCAGGGUUUAAAGCAGAAAGCAAUUUAGUUCUCCUUUUUUGAGUUGGGAGCAAGGAGCUGGAAACACCAUGCUCCCGCUGAGAACCUAAACUGUUUCUGACAUUGACUGCACAAUGUGAUAAAUGAGUUUUCCUCAGACUCCUGUGAGGGAGAGGCUAUUGUAUGCGCUGUAAAGACAAAAAGUGUUUUACAAACAUUCCGCCACGGUCAUUUUCUUUCUCAAGAUCAAAGAUUCUUGUGGAGCUCUAUUUUUAGCUGACCUAUAAUAACAUAUCUGUGCCACAUCAUUAUAAUAAAGGGGGGUGAGUAGAAAAUGAUGUCAUAUAGAGAAAAAUAAGAGAGAAAAAAACAAUGAACACCCUUGUUUUUCUUGCACUAAUACUCGCACUUUUAUUUUCUACACUCUUAGAAAAGGGUUCAAAAGGGUUCUUCGGUUGGCCCCAUAGUAGAACCAUUUUUGGUUCCAGGUAGAGCUCUUUUGGGUUCCAUGUAGAACCCUCUGUGUAAAGGAUUGUACAUUGAACUCAAAAGGGUUCUACCUGGAACCAAAAAGUGUUUUUCAAAGGGUUCUCCUAUAGUCCCAGUCAGUAUUAGAUAGAAUGUCGCGGCCCCGCCUGCCUGUGGGGAAAACAAGCUGUGGUUACCUAAGUUACCCCAUUGGCUCACAGAAAAAACUUGACCUUUUUCAAACACAAUUUUCUUGUUGUCUGCUUGUUUUAGUCAAUUGCAAAGCUACAUUUGAGAAAAGUAAGUCUAAUGAUUACUUUUCAACAUUGCCUGCUCUCAAGCGUUCUCUUAGAAAAACGUAAUAUUGUAGGGCUUCCCUCAUGCCCCUUGUCAUGAUGGUGCUAGCAGCCAUGUGAGUGAGUGCUACAUUUUACAUUUACAUUUUAGUCAUUUAGCAGACGCUCUUAUCCAGAGCGACUUACAGGAGCAAUUAGGGUUAAGUGCCUUGCUCAAGGGCACAUCGACAGAUUUUUCACCUAGUCAGCUCUGGGAUUAGAACCAGCGACCUUUCGGUUACUGGCACAACGCUCUUAACCACCAAGCUACCUGCCUCUGCUAACCAGAUAUCGACUGGAACAUUCAGCUAGCCAAGACCAACAACACAAACAAACAGACUAUACAGCCAGAAAUACUUUAAAGUACUACUUAAGUAGUUUUUUGGGGUAUCUGUACUUUACUAUUUAUAUUUUUUUACUACUUUUACUUCAAUACGUUCUUAAAGAAAAUACUGUACUUUUUACUCCAUACAUUUUCCCUGACACCCAAAAGUACUCGUUACAUUUUGAAUGCUUAGCAGGACAGGAAAAUGGUUCAAAUCAUACAUUUAUCAAGAGAACAUCCCUGAUCAUCUCUACUGCCUCUGAUCUGGCAGACUCACUAAACACAAAUGCUUCAUUUGAGUGUUGGAGUGUGCCCCUGGCUAGCCGUAAAUAAAAUUUAAAGGAAAAUUGUGCCUUCUGGUUUGCUUAAUAUAAGGAAUUUUUGAUUAUUUAUACUUUUACUUUUGAUACUUAAGUAUAUUUUAGCAAUUACAUUUACUUUUGCAAUGUAAGUAUAUAUUUUUUACUUUUACUUACAAUAAGUAGUAUUUUACUGGGUGACUUUCACUUUUACUUGAGUCAUUUUUUAUUAAGGUAUCUUUACUUUUACUCAAGUAUGACAAUUGGGUACUUUUUCCACCACUGUAUGUAUACAGCUGAAAGUAGUGAGUGGAGUUACAAACAGACUAUACCAAACAAGUUAAAUGUCUUACCUGUGAUUAAAUGUUUUCCACACACAUAGCUACGCGUAGCCUACUUGGACACUGGGUCCCCACAUUUCCCAUGCCGAAUAGCCUGAAGCCACAGGGCUCUUCUCACAAUAUCUAUAUCCCUACGUGGGAACCUAGUUACAAUGAACAACACAGCAGCUUUUCCACAUGUUUGGUUAUUUCUGUAUAACAAAAAAUUGACAACGAAGUUGUCUCUUUUACAAUGGCGGUCAAUGGGAAAGAAUGUUUGUUUUCCUCAUUUUGUGGGCGUGGUCGAGGGGAAUUCGUUCUUAUGACGUGAAUAUCGACUUGGAUUAUGGGGACACCUGAAGAACUCUUUUAGGUUCUAGAUAGCACCUUUUUUUCUAAGAGUGUCACACUGACUUAGCUGCUUUAUUGAGGAAAAAUGUACUUACUAUGACUUUGAUAGGUGGUUGUCUCACCUAGCUACCUUAAGAUGAAUGCACUAACUGUAAGUCGCUCUGGAUAAGAGUGUCUACUAAAUGAUUCAAAUUAAAAUGUAAAUAUUGGAUUAAUUGGUCAAAAUGUUAGUCAAUAUUAACAAUUAUUACAAGCGAAAAAAUACACAGCAUACAUAUUCAAAAAUGCUAAAUCCCUGUUACGGUAGGCCUAACCCUGUUUUGUUUUUUGUUCCUCUAUGAUUCACACAGUUCCUCUAUGACAAGAAAAUUAACUUAAUCUUUCUUCCAUCCUCAAUGAUUAACUAAGCCCACUUACUGUAUAGCAGCCCAUAGCAUGAAAAACUGGAGUAAAAUAUUCAAGAGAGGAGACAUUGAGAGUGUGGAUGGGAACUUCUCUUCGAAGAGAAACUCCUCGAACAAUGCCCCAGCAGAGCUAACACCUCAGAGGACAUUUGAGGACGACCUUUCAGAUGAUGCAAACUCCACUGCCCACUCAUCCAUCACUCCUCCACAUGUACAUGGAGAGGGUGAUGGCGGGGACGAGGGGACCCUAAAGGACAGGUUGAAAACCCUCCUCCCCCAAUCAUGGGGCAGUAUUCUCCACAAAUUGGGGAAAGGUGAUGCAGACUCUGAUCUGGGUUCCACUGGGGUCAAGAUUGUGCCCAAUGGUACCAGGGUGAGUCCACCUGUCAGCCCCAUAAUGGAGAGGAGGUACUGGGACACUCAGGACUCACUGGGGACCUCCAGCAAGAGUUCCCGUAGGCCCUUGUUGAGGGACAGUCCCAUAGACAGUGACCUACUCCAUUAUCUUCCAGAGGAAUCAGAGCUGACCAGUAUCCAUCCAGCUGAGUACUAUGCUGAGAAGGUGGAGGUCUACAAACUAAAGUACUCCUAUAUGAAAUCCUGGCCUGGAUUAUUGAGACUCCUGGCUGGGUUUGAGCUUCUCUUUGGGGGUAUGGUCCUCGCCUGUGUCUGUGCCUACAUCUAUAAGGACAGUGAGUGGUCAAACGCCUAUGGACUGUAUAACAACAGGCAUGGCACGUCGGGGUACUCCUAUAACGGACCCAUGACUCCAUUCGUGAUGGCGGUGGUUGGGGUGGCGUGGAUUAUAACCAUCCUCCUACUGGUGAUAGGGCUGACCAUGUACUACCGUACCAUUCUCCUGGACUCCCCCUGGUGGCCUCUCACAGAAGGCAUCAUCAACGUCGCCCUGUUCCUCCUCUACAUGGCGGCUGGUAUCGUGUACCUGAAUGACCUCAACCGUGGGGGGUUGUGUUACAUGACCAUAGGCAUUAACCCCAUAAUGUCCAGCCUGUGUCGGGUUGACGGGGGACAGAUGGCUGGCACGGCUUUCAUCUUCAUCAACAUGCUGAUGUACCUCAUCAGCUUCCUGGUGUGUCUGAAGAUGUGGAGGCAUGAGGCCACUCGCAGGGAGAUGGAGUUCUUUGAGAACCAGGUAGGUGGUUGAUGUUUCUUCUUGAUUUUUUUUUGUGCUCACUGAUCCUCUUUCACCUCCCCAUUCAAGUGAGGUCAAUGAAGUGUAUUAAUCUAAUGUGCUCCAUUGCACUAAAGUUCGACCUAAGGAUGAGCCAUUAUUCUAAACAACCUAGCCUAGAAGCCUCUGACGCUCUCUCUAUGUUGCGCUUUUCUCUGUCUGAGGUAUGAUACUUAUUACUGAGGGAACCCGACUCAUGGUAUUUCUAUUGCUCAUUGGCAUCUGGAAGUUACUAUGGGAAUGGUGUCAGAUCAAACAGUUCUUAGAGGUCACAGAACGUGCUGUUAUGACUGGGAAUGAGUAAAAAAAUGCCUAAGAUCUCAAAACAACAGCAACAAAACUACCCAUGUGGAUACGUAUGGGGACACCAUUGUUUCAUAUAGUCCUGCAGCUGGCUGUUUCAGCCCAAGUCUAUUACUGUUAGUAAAUCGAGUCCAUCUUAACAGUUCUCACAGCAACCACCUAUGGGUAAAAAGCCACAGAGCUAUUGUAUUUGAUGUCAGAUAAACAAGGGUCGGAAGUCGAGGAGUAGCCAAUGUAGCCAAAUAAGCUUAGUUUGUCAAUUGAAGACAACUUAUAUGAACAUUAUGAUUCUCGACCAUAUGUGUUUCAUCUCUGUAGGGAGACGAAACACAUAUGAUUGAUAAAGCUGAACACUACAGUUAAAUAUAUACACUACCAGUCAAAAGUUUGGACACACCUACUCAUUCAAGGGUUUUUCUUUAUUUUUACAAUUUUUCACAUUGUAGGCUAAUAGUGAAGACAUCAAAACUAUGAAACAACACACAUGGAAUCAUGUAGUAACAAAAAGGUGUUAAACAAAUCAAAAUAUAUUUUAUAUUUGAGAUUCUUCAAAUAGCCACCCUUUGCCUUGAUGACAGCUUUGCACACUCUUGGCAUUCUCUCAACCAACUUCAUGUGGUAGUCAUCUGGAAUGCAUUUCAAUUAACAGGUGUGCCUUCUAAAAAGUUAAUUUGUGGAAUUUAUUUCAUUCUUAAUGCAUUUGAGCCAAUCAGUUGUGUUGUGACAAGGUAGGGGGGAUAUACAGAAGAUAUAUUUGAUAAAAGACCAAGUCCAUAUUAUGGCAAGAACAGCUGAAAUAAGCAAAGAUAAACGACAGUCUAUCAUUACUUUAAGACAUGAAGGUCAGUCAAUACGGAACAUUUCAAGAACUUUGAAAGUUUCUUCAAGUGCAGCCGCAAAAAUCGUCAAGCGCUGUGAUGAAACUGGCUCUCAUGAGGACCGCCACAGGAAUGGAAGACCCAGAGUUAACUCUGCUGCAGAGAAUAAGUUCAUUAGAGUUACCAGCCUCAGAAAUUGCAGCCCAAAUAAAUGCUUCACAGAGUUCAAGUAACAGACACAUCUCAACAUCAACUGUUCAGAGGAGACUGUGUGAAUCAGGCCUUCAUGGUUGAAUUGCUGCAAAGAAACCACUACUAAAGGACACCAAUAAGGAGAAGAGACUUGCUUGGGCCAAGAAACUCGAGCAAUGGACAUUAGACCAGUGGAAAUGUGUCGUUUGGUCUGAUGAGUCCAAAUUGGAGAUUUUUGGUUCCAACCGCCGUGUCUUUUGUGAGACGCGGUGUGGGUAAACGGAUGAUCUCUGCAUGUGUAUUUCCCACCGUAAAGCAUGGAGGAGGAGGUGUUAUGGUGUGGGGGUGCUUUGCUGGUGACACUGUCUGAUUUAUUUAGAAUUCAAGGCACACUUAACCAGCAUGGCUACCACAGCAUUCUGCAGCGAUACACCAUCCCAUCUGGUUUGGGCUUAGUGGGACUAUCAUUUGGUUUUCAACAGGACAAUGACCCAACACACCUCCAGAAUGUGUAAGGGCUAUUUUACCAAGAUGGAGAGUGAUGGAGUGCUGCAUCAGAUGACCUGGCCUCCACAAUCCCCCGACCUCAACACAAUUGAGGUGGUUUGGGAUGAGUCGGACCGCAGAGUGAAGGAAAAGCAGCCAACAAGUGCUCAGCAUAUGUGGUAACUCCUUCAAGACUGUUGGAAAAGCAUUCCAGGUGAAGCUGGUUGAGAGAAUGCCAAGAGUGUGCAAAGCUGUCAUCAAGGUAAAGGGUGGCUAUUUGAAGAAUCUCAAAUAUAAAAUAUAUUUUGAUUUGUUUAACACUUUUUGGGUUACUACAUGAUUCCAUAUGUGUUAUUUCAUAGUUUUGAUGUCUUCACUAUUAUUCUACAAUGUAGAAAAUAGUAAAAAUAAAGAAAGACCCUUGAAUGAGUAGGUGUGUCAAAACUUUUGACUUGUACUUUACAUAACUUCACACAGUUGCAGUCAUCAUAUGAGGCAGGUUGUUUUCACCCUUUCAGCACAGUGUACAUGUGUCAUCGGAUGCUUUGGUAUCUAAUAUACUUUGAGUUGUUGCAUGAUAUCUAAUUCUUCAACUUUGGCUUCAGGAGCAUCUGAGGCCCAUCUCAGGAGCAUCUGUGGCCCAGACCAAACCUCCUAAUCCCCAGACCAAGAGGAUUGUGUUUGAGGAUGAGAUGGACAGCUCAGUGAGGGCGACCAAACGCCAGCACCUCACAGAGUUCCAGCAGGAGGAGCCAGGCAGCCGGAACAGAGCCAACCCCACAGGGUACGCCCAGAAGCCCAGAGUCAUCGCAGACUAUGUCAUGUGAGUGAGAGGAUAUGCCUAAUAUCCUGACACUGAUUUUGUUUAAGGAUGUGAGGCUCUCAUGCUGAGGUACACGUGGAGCGACAGGAAGUGCUCAUAUUUGGUUAAAUUGUAUUAGGUGUAAUAAUGAUAUUUAGUUGACAUUAUCUAACAUAUCCUUGUGUCUUACCCUAUCCCAUCAGUAAAUAUCCAGAAAUCUUCUCUAUGGAAGAAAGGGAAAAAUACAAAGCUGUUUUUAAUGACCAGUAUCAGGAGUACAAGGACCUUCACAAAGAUAUCAGUGCCACCUUCAUGAAGUUCAGAGAGCUGGAUGCCAUGAUGGGCAAACUCCUCAAAGAUGGCAAUCGUCAUGAGGUGAGUGAUUUAAUCUAACUCUGCAAAUCUGGGCCUGAGCCUCGAUGGUGUUUUCGAUCUCACUAUGAUAGAUACACCACGAUACUUUCCUUUUUCUGGAAGUGUAACUACACUUGAACUCAAUAUAAUGAGCAUUUUUGCUAUCUUAUUGUCACUGUCACUGAUCAAUGAGAGGUACAUUCCAUUCCAUGUCCUGCACAAAGGCUUCCACUAAAAAUAGCAUGUGACAUCCGCAUAAUACUAUUUUUUAACAUGAAUAUCUUUCAUCCUUUUAACCAAUUGAAUUAUGGGUGUUUUGUUCUGUCCAUUAUGUAGGAGCAGAAGAGAAUCAAGCGGAUUUUGAAGAAGUACGAGCAAAAAAAAUUUGUACGUGGUGAAUGGAGAUCCCUAACAUUUCUCUCACGUUUCCUCGCUCACACUGAAACAAUUCCAAAAAUCAUUCAGCAAUAAUUUUAACGUUCAACUGAGAUGUAUUAGAAUUGUUACUGUUGUGUAAACACCCAGGUAAUAUUUGCUUUUUCAAUAAAGCUGCCCGUUCAUGUGGAUAAUAUUGCUGCGGCUGAAAUGGGGCCUCUAGAAAUUCUCAUUUAACACCUCUUACAUUACAAAAAGAAUCAGGCUGUGGGGAAAUAUGUGGAGUGAUGGAGCUGCAGUCAACACGAUGUGUGUUUCUUUGUGACUUCACAGAACCCUGCCUUCCUGGAGAAGAAGGGACGAUGUGACUAUCUGAAAGCUAAAUUAAGCCACAUCAAGAACAGGAUCCGCAAUUUCGACCAGGGCACCUUGGCAAAGGGUCGGACCUGAAGAAAUAGCUCACAGAGGGAACAAAAGGAACAUAAUUAUUCUGUUCUUGUCACGUCUUUGAUUGUCAUUCUCUGUGAGAUUGUUUCGUUAUUUCAGCACCAAUUGUGUUUUUGGUGUGUUUUUUGUCUGUACAAAUCAGUAUCUGUGUGUUGUUCCAUUGUAGCCUACAUCAUGUUUUGUACUACUGUAAAGAUUACUUGGCCAGAAAUAUUGUUGUGUGAGUUUCAGUCAUGGAGUGAAUGAACUCAUAAACCAACCCAGCGCGCAAUUGUGUACCUUUGGACUUUUGCGGACAAUGCUAACAGGGUCAAUUCACAUUGCAUUGACUAACAUCGCAUUUACAGGGCUAUACAUACACACUAUCAAAUUUUUUUUUGUAUUUUUUGUAUUU